UGGAGUUGCCCGUGCGACCGCGUCUAUUCGGCGUUUCGUUGCCGUUGGUGCUGGUUGGUGGUUCGGUCGCUGCUGCUCGCUGCCGCUGGCGACAAGUGCUCGCGCGCGCGCGCUCAACUCCUCGGAUCGGAAACUUGGUGACGCGAUUGCGUUUGUGCCGCCUCCGUACGAUCGUCUCUUGGCCUUACAUCGCCACUUCUGCUUUCUUUCUGACAGCGGUUCGUCGCCGGUUCAAGCGCCGCCAGCCAAGACGGCGCUGACUCCCGCAACGCCCCACAUGCCAUGGGAGCUUGCUCACAGCUCAAGCUAGUGCUAUGGAAGAACAUAGUGCUGCGGCUGCGGCAACCGGUGAUCCUCGCCCUAGAACUGCUGUGGCCGCUUACCAUCUUUCUUCUUGUUCUACUCCUACGGAAGGUCGUUCCUCCAGUUAGCCAAGAAACAUGUUACUACAACGCCCGGGCCCUGCCCAGUGCUGGUGGACUGCCCCUGCUGCAGUCUCUCAUAUGCAACGUAGACAACAAGUGCCUUAACAAAUCUUCCUACGAGGAAAUACCCACUUAUCCUGGGUCAAGGAUAAACGAGCUAGUCCAAGAUUUAUCACCGCUGCUUCAAGAUGAAAGUAUAUUGUCCGUUAUCGAGUCUCUGCCUGUGCUGGCCGAUCUCCUUAGGCCUCUGGAGGCCCUGUUUCAAGACGAGACGACGCAGAAACUCCUCGGCAAGGGACUCCCACUGACGGAUGUCAUCGGCAACAAGCGGUACGCAAGAAGCGUCCUGCUUGGCCACACGAGUAUGUCGCCCGAAACGGUGGACGCGCUUCUGGAGUCCCGGGUCAACGUUCCUGCCGUGCUGCACGUUCUCGGGUCGAGUCUGAAACAGAGGAGCAGCCAUGACUGCAACGUGGAGACACUAUCGUCGUACAUUAUGAUAAACGACACUAGCGUAUUGCAGGCAGUGGCUGGCUCACUGUGCACCAUGUCCAAGGAAAACCAAGUGAACCUCAUGAAGGAACUGCAGUCCGUGUUCGAUUAUGGAAAAGUCAUGAACCUGGUGUCGCAAGUUGUGAAAAGCCUGGGACUGGACGACCUCAGCCUGUCAAUGGACAAGGUCGGCGGCAUGGUAACGGCUUUCCGUAGCAUCAGUGAACAGAUGCCCAGCGAUUUCUCGGGAAGCCUCGAAGCCAUUCGAGCUCUCAUUCAGGACUUUACCGACCAGCAGCUCAACGUCGAUCUGUUGAAAGCAGUUUGGGAUGACGUCGGGCAGGUCGUGCCGAGUCCAGAAAAGGAACUCGUUAACACCGUCAUGGAAUGGAUUUCGGGUAGCAAGGAGCACACUGGCCCUCCCAACUUCGGUUUAGAGGCAGACAUUUCGACAAGUACCCCACCUAGUCGAGAGGGCACUCUAGGAGACGUUCUUAACACUGCCGUAAAGCUUGUGAACGAUCUUCAGUCACCAAAUGGCUCUGAGUCGAAGGCCAGCCGCUUCUUUCAAGCACUCUUCAACUUCGACAAAUCAACUACCAUACAGGAAAUGCUCGACGCCUUGGAUGACCUGAUGUCACAGAAGCACGAAACGCCAGGAAAGAAACGGAUGAGGAAGGAUGCAAUGUACUACACUGCGAGACUUAUCGGCAUUGUGGUGGAGUUUAUGCGAGCAGAUUUACAGAAAUCGCAAGAGGACGGGCAAAACGCUUUCUUUCCUCAGAUGGUAGAAAGCUUAAUAACAACCUUCUCGUCAAACAAAAGGGUCAACCGCAUACUGUCGUCCAAGGGAAUCUUGAAUGUGGCCUGCAAUGAAGACAAGUUUAAAACGACAUUUCGUGUCCCAGUUUCUUCUGACAAAAUCAUGGACCUCCAAGUCUUCACAUGCCACUUUUUGAAAGAUAUUGUCCCUGCAUUUCUGAAAACGUUUCGAAAUAUACCCGCUGAUGAAGAAAAAGAUGAGACGACUUGGAAUCCUAUGAAUGUCAGGAUAUCAGAUAUCACAGGGCUUUUGAACAAGACUGUCAAUAUGAAGAGACUUUCAUACGACUGGAAUGGCGUUUCCAAGGCUGGGGCGAAAUUUGAAAGCCACUGGGACACAAAGACAAGAGAGGAAAGGAUUACAUCUGCAAUGAAGAUUGUUCAGACGAUCUCAACCUAUGUCUCUCUUCAGCGAUUAAAGUACUGGAAUGACUUUCUUGCUGUGUUUUACAUGGCUGACCAGAUAACAGAUUUACUAAACCAGAUAAUGGGAGGUGUACUAGUGGAAGGAGGAAUCACUGUGCGUAACAUUGCACUGAACGUUCCCAGUAUGAACGUUAUUAUUUCUGAAAUAUUAGAGUUUGUGCCUGAUUUCAUACGGAUUGGGAUGAAGGUCCUCCAAGCUGACCUAGGCAACCUCAUUGAAAAACUGGAAGAGAACAAGGUGAAAAGGUUUUACGUGCCCUGCCAGACCGGCAAGUUUUCCGAUCUCUUGAGCGUGGGAAAAACGGAGAGCUUGACGAGACUCGAAGAGAAGAUGUGCAAACAAGUUCCUCUCCUUGUGACGGAGUUCUUCUCGGAGCGCCACAUAGCAGCCAUAUACACAACGAUCCAGAAAGUGAAUCACGGUCAAGACGUUCCAUUCAGUUGGACCACAAUGGGUGGGCGUUUGAACGUGUUGCUCAGGAAUGUGGAGGUACUCAGGGGCAAGAAGGUGUCGGCGUUUAUGGACGUCCCAGCACUUCACGGGCCUACCAUGAAAGAUGCUCUCAAGCAGGCCAGAGCUGCCUUCGGCGCCGACGACACACCGGAGGGGAAGGCAAGCUCAGUGCUGCAACUAGUCAGCGUCGCUUUCCAAGAACUGGACACAAAUCUGAAUCACACUCUGGCACCGUACUUGCUCAAGAUAGCCUCGUUCCUCACCACCAGCGAAAGCAUGCUGGCUGAACCAACGGACAGCCAACAAACAACUGUGUCUGAGCUCUUCAAGAACGCCAGUGACCUUGAGUUGCUGGUUCGUUGGGUCAACAACUACCUCGUUAAGCUCAUGGAGUAUUUCGUUCAUACAUUGACAGUCGAACCAAAAAAGAUUUCGUACCUCCUGAAGCAGAAGUACGCCAUCGACGAUUUCUGCAAUAACCGCGUGCAAGAUUACCUCACAGUGCCCAUGCAGGAGGUAGAGAUUGCCACCUCAGCUCUACAAGACCUCUGUGCGAUCAACUUUACUGGUGUCCACGAAGUAUUGCAGAAAAGUGACGCCACACCAUCACUUCCAAAACGAGACCAGCUACAAUGGUUUCUCGAGACCCUGCAUCGAAUCGUAAGCUUGCUGCAGAGUGAAGAACCGCAAACGGGAGCUUCUCGCUUGUUCAACAGCACUCAGUGGCAUCAUUUCCUCUCCAAUAACUUUUGGGAUUCCAGGUCAUCUGCUAACCGACUCAGAGUAAUGGCUGCUCUCAAAGGAAUCACUGUCGUUUUUGAAAACGACACUGCAGCGCUGGAGUCCAUAUUUAAGGCAGCUUCGAAAACAGCAUGCAGGUUAAAGGCUCCAUUCUGGAACUUGAAGUGGAAAAGCCUUCUGCAAAAUAACAAAAACAACAAGAACAUCAAUGCAAUCCUUCAGGUCUUAAAUUCCAGCCCAGAUAUUGUUGACGUGGCUUUUGACACGGUCAUGGAAUCAAAAUAUGUGAAGGCUAUAGUUACUGACUUUGCCAAUGCCAAUGACGGCGUCCAGAGAUUUUGCUCUUUGAAGACGACUGAAUGGUCCAAGUAUUUCGCCUUUGACAACAACGGAGACAAUAUUCCCGCAGCCUCAAUUCAUCAUUUAGCGUGCCAGUUUAGCAGCGCGGAUACGGUCAAAGAACUGAAGUCAAAUUGCGAUGAAAUCCAGGCGAAUCCCUCAAAUGCGGACGAUGUGAGCAAAUUUUACGACAGUGCCAUGGACGUUUACGACGAACUGGCUGCCUCAUACAGAUCAGGUUCCACUGCAGAUGUGCCUUUUUUGACAGUUGAUAAAUGGAAGGAGCUGUUUGAAUCCUUUUUCAAUCAACUGAGCAAUGGUCUCUUGAAGCUAGACCUAAAAAAGGUCGAAACAUGGUCUUCCCUCCUAGAAGCUCAAUUUCAAAGCGACGAAGCCCGCAACAACUACCGCCAUGCCCUAGGUGCCCUUAAAUAUUUGGUGCACACAAUGACACGGCAGUAUAAAGGCAGGUAUACGACCAUUUCACUCGAACGUAUUCCCUAA